UUGUUUGAGGAAGCACCGUCGUUGAACUAUAAGAUGAAACAUUCAUUUUGGAGACUUACUUUAUUGUAUUUAUUGACUGUAGUUGUUUGAAAUGUUUCACGCAGAGAGUUUGAGUCUCAGCAGGCGAAGUGAAGACAGAAAAUAAGCGUCGACAUGCUGUGUGAGGUGUUUUUCCUCUUGUUGACUUCAGGUCAUGUCGCUCAGUCACAGAGGAGAAAUGUCCUUCUGAUAAUUGCUGAUGACGCAGGCUUUGAGACAGAGGUGUAUAACAACUCUGUCGUCCACACCCCUCACCUGCGUGCUCUGGCCCAGCGUAGCCUAGUGUUUAGAAAUGCCUUCACCUCUGUCAGCAGCUGCUCUCCCAGCCGCUCCACCAUUCUCACUGGUCUGCCACAGCACCAGAACGGCAUGUACGGUCUUCAUCAGGGCGUUCACCACUUCAACUCGUUUGAUGGAGUACAAAGUCUGCCGCUGCUCCUCAGCAAAGCUAACAUACACACAGGUAUAAUUGGGAAGAAGCACGUCGGCCCUGGAUCUGUGUACCCUUUUGAUUUUGCGUACACAGAGGAGAACAGCUCUGUCCUCCAGGUGGGGAGGAACAUCACCCGCAUCAAACUCCUGGUCCGCAAGUUUUUCAAGACUCAUAAAGAAGAGGCCUUUGAGCGAAGGCAAAAGACAGAAGAGAAUAAAGACAAAGAGGAAGAGAGGCCGUUUUUACUUUAUGUUGCCUUCCACGACACCCACCGAUGUGGACACUCGCAGCCCCAGUAUGGAGCGUUCUGUGAGAAGUUUGGGAAUGGUGAAAUGGGAAUGGGUAGAAUACCUGACUGGAAACCAGAAUAUUACACACCAGAACAAGUAAAGGUUCCUCCUUUUGUGCAGGACACACCUGCGGCACGGGCUGACUUGGCUGCCCAGUACACCACAGUUAGCAGGCUGGACCAAGGUAUCGGUUUGGUUCUUCAGGAGCUCAGGGAUGCUGGCUACGAGAAUGACACUCUGGUUAUUUAUAGCUCAGACAACGGCAUCCCCUUCCCGAAUGGCAGAACCAACCUGUAUCACUCUGGGACUGCAGAGCCCAUGCUGGUGUCCUCUCCAGAGCACAGGGAGCGAUGGGGAGACACCAGUCAGGCCUAUGUCAGUCUGCUGGACAUCACUCCCACCAUUCUGGACUGGUUCUCUGUUCCUUACCCAUUCUACAGCCUCCCUGGGAGCUCGACCACCCCGGUGCACCUCACCGGUCGCUCCUUACUGCCCGCUCUUGUCACUGAGCCCAGCAACUGGCGCACCGUCUACGCCAGCCAGUCCCUCCACGAGGUGACCAUGUACUACCCAAUGCGCUCAGUACACCAGGGGGCGUACCACCUUCUCCACAACCUACACUACCGCAUGCCUUUCCCCAUCGACCAGGACCUGUACAUGUCACCCACUUUCCAGGACCUAUUGAACCGCACCAGGCUGAGUGAGCCGACAUACUGGUUCAAAAGCCUGAAGCAGUAUUACUACAGAGAGCGCUGGGAGCUGUAUGACUCCAGGGCGGACCCACUGGAAACGAGGAACCUGGUAUCAGACCCGUCCUACAGCGCCGUGCUGGAGAGCCUGAGGCAGAGUCUGGAGAAGUGGCAGUGGGAGACUGGGGACCCCUGGGUCUGUGGACCUGACUACGUCCUGGAGGACAAACUAGAGCCGCACUGCAGACCACUCUACAAUGAACUCUAAUGGUACUUUUACUGAUGUCUGCAUACAUGAAAAAAUUGUGCUUAUGAAAUAAAUGACAUUUGUAUUUUUAUUUUUGUAUGUCGGCGCUGCUUUUAGUGCUCAAAAAUAAACAAGAUAUUGCUUUUA